CCUCUCCUCCUCCUCCUCCCCUCCCGUCUCCUCCUCCCUCUUUUCCCCCCCCGGUCCCGACCCAAAACUCCGCCAACAUUUUCCACCCUCGUUCCGCUCCCUCCCGCGGACAUAAAAGCGGCUCCCGCGCCCCCCGCCCGCCCUGAGCCCCCCCUGCAGCGUGUCCGGGAUCCCCUUUGCUCCUGUCCCCUGCCCCAGGAUGUGGGUGCCCACCCUGCUCGCCCUCCUGGUGGUCCCCGGGGGGGCCCAACCCCACCCCCAGCCCGAGCUGGACGCCCAAUGGGACCUCUGGAAGCAAACCCACAGGAAGCAGUACCCAGGGCAGGAGGACGAGAGGGUGAGGAGGAUGAUUUGGGAGAAGAACCUGAAAUACAUCACCAAGCACAACCUGGAGCACGCCCGGGGCCUCCACACCUUCCAGGUGGCCAUGAACCAUCUGGGGGACAUGACCAGCGAGGAGGUGGUGAGGACCAUGACGGGGCUGAGGGUCCCCCCCGGCCACCAGCGCCCCAACGGGACCCUCUUUGUCCCCAACUGGGCUGAGAGGGUCCCUGCGGCCGUGGACUGGAGGAAGAAGGGGUACGUGACCCCCGUCAAGAACCAGGGCCAGUGUGGCUCCUGCUGGGCUUUCAGCUCCGUGGGUGCCCUGGAGGGGCAGCUGAAGAAGAAGACGGGGCAGCUCCUGUCCCUCAGCCCCCAGAACCUCGUGGACUGCGUGGCCACCAACGAGGGCUGCGGGGGGGGGUUCAUGACCAACGCCUUCGCCUACGUCCACCAGAACCGCGGCAUCGACUCCGAGGACUCCUACCCCUACAUCGGGCAGGACGAGCGCUGUAUGUACAAGCCCAGCGGGAAGGCAGCCAAGUGCCGUGGCUACCGAGAGAUCCCCCCGGGCAACGAGAAGGCUCUGAAGAGGGCGGUGGCCAGGAUCGGGCCCAUCUCGGUGGGCAUCGAUGCCAGUUUGCCCUCCUUCCAGUUCUACAGCCGGGGGGUUUACUACGACGAGAGCUGCAACGCUGAGAACAUCAACCACGCGGUGCUGGCCGUGGGCUACGGCUCCCAGAAGGGCACCAAGCACUGGAUCAUCAAGAACAGCUGGGGUGAGGAGUGGGGCUCCAAGGGUUACGUCCUCCUGGCACGGAACAUGAACAACGCCUGCGGGGUGGCCAACCUGGCCAGCUUCCCCAAGAUGUGAGAGAGGAGAAA